CGCCUCUUCCUCCCGCUCUGCCUCCUGCAGCGCCCAGCCCGCUCCCCGCCAGGCCCGCCGCGCGCACCGCGGAGAGUUUGCCGACGCCCCGGCCCCGGCCGCCGAGUCCGAGUCCCGAAGGCACGACGCCCGCCCGCGCGGGAGCCGCGGAGGAAACCCGAGCCCGAGGGCGGGCCGAGGACCCGCGCAAAGUUAGGCUCCGGCGCCGCCGCCCGGCGCUCCCGCCCGCGGCUCCCGGAGGAACCGGUCUCCCCGCAGCUCAGCCCGCGCGGCCACGUGAGCGCCCGCCGAGCGCGCCGGGAGGAGCGGCGGGACCCAUGCCCGCGGCCCACCUGAUGGAGAGCCUGCAGCCGCCCGCGCUGCAGGUGCCCGCGCCCCGGGGCGCGCCCGAGGGCAGCGCCGUCUGGUCCAGCGCGUCCACCCCCUCGCUCCGCCGCCGGCGCUUCAGGCUGCGCCGCGCGAGGAACGUGCUGGAGCGGAGCCUGGAGGCCGGGCUGGCGCGGGAGCUGCCCCUGCCCCUGCCCGGCGGCGGGGCCCCCGGCAAGGAGCUCCUGCAGCUGCCGGCCAUCGAGAUCACGCCCUCCAGCGACGAGGACACCCCGUGGUCCAACUGCUCCACACCCAGCGCGUCCCCGCGCCGCAAGCGCUCCCUCCUCCGCAAGUGGCUGCGGCUUCGGGAGCGGAAGGAGUGCGGCGAGAGCAGCAGCCAGCAGAGCAGCCAGCAGAGCAGCCACGAGGAUGAUGCCAGCCGGUUCCUGAGUCCCCAGAUGCAGGAAGAGAGCACUGCCAGUAACUCCAACCGCAGCUCGCCGGCCUGCUCCCCUGUCCUCCGGAAGCGGUCCCGCUCGCCCACCCCCCAGAGCCCGGACGCGGACGCCAUGGUGGAGAAGGGCUCCGACCACUCCUCGGACAAGUCCCCCUCCACGCCUGAGCAGGGCGUGCAGCGCAGCUGCUCCUCGCAGUCCGGCCGGAGUGGAGGCGGCAAGAACUCCAAGUCUCACAGGCGCCUCUCAAAAAAAAGCCAGAGCUGGUAUAAUAGCUGGGAGCACCCCCUGACCUCGGCCGUUGUCGUGCAGGUGUUAAGCCCCACUUACAAGCAGAGAAAUGAAGACUUCAGAAAGCUCUUUAAGCAACUUCCAGACUCGGAGCGCCUCAUUGUGGAUUACUCCUGUGCGCUCCAAAGAGACAUUCUCCUUCAGGGCCGACUCUACCUCUCGGAAAACUGGAUCUGCUUCUACAGCAACAUCUUCCGCUGGGAAACUCUGCUGACUGUCCGUUUAAAAGACAUCUGCUCCAUGACUAAAGAGAAGACAGCUCGCCUCAUCCCCAACGCCAUCCAAGUUUGCACUGACUCAGAAAAGCACUUUUUCACUUCGUUCGGGGCCCGGGACAGGACGUACAUGAUGAUGUUCCGGCUGUGGCAGAACGCGCUCCUCGAGAAGCCGCUGUGCCCCAAGGAGCUCUGGCACUUCGUCCACCAGUGCUACGGGAGCGAGCUGGGCCUGACCAGCGACGACGAGGACUACGUGCCCCCCAGUGACGACUUCAACACGAUGGGCUACUGCGAGGAGAUCCCUGUCGAAGAGAAUGAAGUGAAUGACAGCUCGUCCAAAAGCAGCAUAGAGACCAAGCCAGAUGCCAGUCCACAGCUGCCCAAGAAGUCGGUCACCAACAGCACACUGACGUCCACCGCGAGCAGCGAAGCGCCCAUCUCGUUUGAUGGGCUGCCCCUGGAGGAGGAGGCGCUGGACGGCGAGGGGCCCCUGGAGAAGGAGCUGGCCGUGGACAGCAUCGUGGCAGAGAAGAUGGAGAUCCUGGCGCCGGUGAGCUCCCCUUCGCUGGACUUCAACGACAACGAGGACCUCCCCACCGAGCUCAGCGACUCCUCCGACACCCACGACGAAGGGGAGGUCCAGGCCUUCUACGAGGACCUGAGCGGCCGGCAGUACGUGAAUGAGAUCUUCAACUUCAGCGUGGACAAGCUCUACCACCUCCUGUUCACAGACUCGCCCUUCCAGCGCGACUUCAUGGAGCAGCGGCGCUUCUCAGAUAUCGUCUUCCACCCCUGGAAGAAGGAGGAGAACGGGGACCAGAGCCGCCUGAUCCUUUACACCAUCAACCUCACCAACCCGCUGGCUCCCAAAACGGCCACCGUCAGGGAGACACAGACGAUGUACAAGGCGAGCCAGGAGAGCGAGUGCUACGUGGUGGACGCCGAGGUCCUGACCCACGACGUGCCCUACCACGACUACUUCUACACCGUCAACCGCUACACACUCACGCGCGUGGCCCGCAGCAAGAGCCGGCUCAGGGUCUCCACCGAGCUGCGCUACCGCAAGCAGCCCUGGGGGUUGGUGAAGACGUUCAUCGAGAAGAACUUCUGGAGCGGCCUGGAGGACUACUUCCGCCACCUGGAGAGCGAGCUGACCAAGAUGGAGAGCAGCUACCUGGCUGAGACACACAGACAGUCUCCCAAAGAGAAGGCCAGCAAAGCCCCGGCCGUGCGGCGGAGGAAGCGCCCCCACGCGCACCUGCGGGGGCCUCACCUGGAGGAGGUGCUGAGCCCCGUCACCACGCCCACCGACGAGGACGUGGGCCGCAGGGCCAAGCAUGUGGCAGGUUCCACACAGACACGGCAUAUCCCUGAGGACACCCCCAACGCUUUCCACCUGCAGAGCGUGUCCAAGCUGCUGCUGGUCAUCAGCUGCGUCCUGGUGCUGCUGGUCCUCCUUAACGUGAUGCUCUUCUACAAGCUCUGGACGCUGGAGCACACCACCCAGACCCUCACCGCCUGGCAGGGCCUGCGGCUCCAAGAAAGGGGUCUGGGAGCACAGGACAGUCCACUGAGCAUAACUCCAGCUGCUGGGGGACCCCUUCUUCCGCCCCACAGGUUACCCCAGUCGCAGACAGAGUGGGCCCAGCUCUUAGAGUCCCAACAAAAGUACCACGACACUGAGCUGCAGAAGUGGAGAGAGAUCAUCAAAUCCUCGGUGAUGCUCCUCGACCAGAUGAAGGACUCCCUCAUCAACCUUCAGAACGGCAUCAGGUCCCGAGACUACACAUCCGAACGCGAAGAGAAGAGGAGCCGCUACCACUGACCAGGGAGGAGCAGGGCUGCCGGAGGCCUGUGCAAUACGUGUACAUAGACCUAUAAAUAGAUAUAUAUAUAUAAAUAUAUAUAUACAGAGUAUAAAUAUA